AUGGCGCUGUGGUGGUGUGCCAACAUCCUCUGCAGGCUGGCUGCAGCGUGGUUUCCCCUGCUCUUCACAUCCCUGCUAUGGCCAGCGAUCUCCCCCGUACAUGCCAUCCAAUCCUGCCCUCGGAGCUGUAGCUGUCCGGGCGUUAAAGAGGUCCACUGUACGUUCAGACACCUCGCCAUCAUACCAAAAACCUUUCCUAAAGACACAGAGAGGCUCAACCUUGGUUACAACAGCCUGACGGAGGUGGAGGGGUCAGAAUUCAGGUCACUACGGCAACUGGAAAUGCUCAUGUUGCAUGGCAACGACAUUAGCACUGUGCACCCUGGGGCGUUUUACAGCCUGAGAUCACUCCAGAUCUUGAAGUUGAGUUACAACAAACUAACAUCGGUGAACGCAGGUCUGUUUGAAGGCCUUGUUGGUUUGAUCCGUCUCCAUCUGGACCACAACCUCAUCGACUUCAUAGAGCCAUACUCCUUCUCAGGCCUGACCUCCCUGAAGCUCCUACAGCUGGAGGGGAACCUCCUCAAAGAGAUCCACCCUCACACCUUCAUAACCGUGUCACUACUGGGAAGCUUUUGGACCUCUGGGCUCAAACACUUACACCUGUCAGACAAUCUGUUGGAGCAGCUCCCUGCCGCAGCCCUGAAGUCAGCUUCCAGGCUGGAGCUCCUCUCUCUGCAUGGUAAUCCCUGGACCUGUGACUGUCAGCUAAACUGGUUGGUGGAAUGGAGCUCCACUCAUGAAGGCAUAAUAAAGUGCAAGAAGGAACGUGGUGCCAGUGAAACUUGCCCCCAGUGCUCCUCUCCUCAACCACUGAAUGGGACUUUUUUACUUGGACUGACUCCAGACAAGCUCACCUGUGAACGGCCAGCUCUUCGCUCCCCUCUCAAACAGUGGGACAAUCCUGUGUGGGCUGAAUCUGAAGUAGAGCCUGACCUCCCGUACACCCGUGACUUUGAAACGGCUUUAGGCCAUCUCACGUUCGUUCUCUCUGACAGCCACGGAAACAGUGCUCAUGUGGCAUGUGACGUGCGCCACCCUGGAGACAGUUCACCCAUGACUUGGACAGUGAAUCCACUUUCACCUGGGGAGUUGUCUGUCAACGUUUCAUUGGUGACUGUCCUUGAGUGUGAGAUUGAUCGAGAGACACUGCAAAAUCUGUGGCAGUUGGUUGCAUAUUACUAUGAAAGCCCAGCUAUCUUGGAGAGAGGUCAACAGAAAGGGAAUGCAAGCAGGGUCACCUAUCAAUAUGCCCAAGCCAUAAAUGAAAAUUCACCAUAUUUCACUGAGUUAAAAGGGUAUUUGGUAGCAGAACCCUCGUGGCUGCUUCAACCCAGAGUCACUUUGAGGCUCAACAGACAGCAGACAACUACCAAGAAAUUAGUAAUGGAUUUCACUACCGUAAUUACCAAGAGCAUCAACAGCCACAGAGGGCAGGAAGACGACAAUGACCUCACCACGUCCUGGGCUCUAAUUCGCAGAGGGACAGCAGGGCGGGUUCAGACUGCGCUUGAUGGUUCAAAGGUUCACUUGGAGUGCAGUGUUGUCACUUCAAAUCCAGAGGUGAAAGUGGAAUGGGUGCUUCCGGAUUUAUCCAUUGUGGAAGAUGCAACUGAUAAAAUUGAAAUUUCUGAAAAAGGAGAACUUGUGAUUUUAAAUGCCACACUGUCUGACUCAGGCCUUUAUCACUGUAUGGUCAGAACCAAAGCUGGUGUGGACUUGAUGUCUUUGAGGCUCACCAUAAAAGAAAGAACACUCGGCCCUACUGCUUUUAAUGGUCAGAAAAUUGUAGUUGAAAAGGGGCGCUCUUUUUCUCUCCACUGUGAGGUGACCUCAGUCCAGCCGAGUCAAACUAUGUGGUACCUACCCAAAAACCAAAUUCUUCUCGCCACACAACAGACUAGACGAGCACAAGUCAUGGAAAAUGGGACAUUGGUGGUAAGGAGGUUGACACAAGAAGACGCAGGGGAAUACAGCUGCUUGACCUCAAAUCUGUAUGGAGUUGAUAUGUUGUCACACAUGGUGGAAGUCACAGAAGAAAAGGCCUCUGAUAGGUCCAAAGUACAGACGGAGAGAGAGCAGCAGAUCUUGCCAAUUGGCAGGGAGGAAGGAGAGGGUUCAGGGGGAGAUUACCAGGAAAUUAUACGUCCUUUUGCGACGCAGUUCCCUAAGAAAGUAGAAAAAAAGCAAAGAAACCCUAAUGGGUUUUCAAAAAGGAUACGAAUUAAAGAUUCAAAGAGAAAACCCAAUAAAUCUGUUAAGGAAUUAGAUCCAGAUCGUUGGGCAGAGAUAUUGGCUAAAGCUAAGGCCAAACCAAGUGUUGCUCUGCCCACAGAGCAGUCACUACCAGAGCCCAGCACUGUAACUGUCCAAACAAGUAUGUCCCAACUUACUACUACAACUGCCAGUAUAACUGCUACUACCCCUAACAGUUUACCCCCUACUUCUACCCUUUCUGAUAUUAAGACUGAGGGCUUUUCUACAGAUAAGAAAUCAAAUAACGCAAAAGCUGAAACAUUGGAAAGUCUGCCUCAGAUUUUGCAAACACCUCCUCCCAGAAGUACAGAUUCAAUCCCACACCACGUUGGUGGAACCAUGGAAGAAACAAAAGCUGUUGUAGAUCGUCCUGCUUUAGGAACUCAGCCAGUUGAUCAGCCAGAAAAUAAGCACUCUGGAGAGGGGAGAAGGAACCACAGUCUCGUUCCUGGUCAGUCAAACAGGAGAAGAUUGCCUUAUAGACAUAGAAAACCCCCAAUGAGAAGAGUCCGUCCACGUGUACGCCCCUUGGACCCUUCAUCAAAACAGCUGCAAACAACUGCUCCCCCAACAACAACCACCACACCAACAACAACGAUGACCACAACUACAACUACUACCUUCACUACAACUACAACAUCACCUCUUCCAACCACUGUGAAAUCCCAUGAAACCUUAUCUGCUCAGUAUCAGACAGAGGAAGAUGAGGGCGAAUACAGUGAAGAAUAUGAUUACAAGGAUAGUGAUAGUUUGGAUGUCAAGGAAGAUUUAGGCAGUGAAACGUCUGCCAAUGAUCUUGGCAGUAGCCUUACCACAUUCCCAUCAGCUGGAGAAAAACGUACCCAUGACAGUAGCUCUCCAGAUAGAUAUGAGUUACCCAAACCAAAAACAACUGUCAGCUCAAAGCUAGAUAGUGCCCCUCAUCCAACUGAAAGGACAAUAAAAGUCAAUGCAAACAUAAACAAUUCUGAUGGGCAGGGGGUUCAGAUAAGUGAACAAACUGAAGAGACGGGCAGAGACUAUAAAAAUCUAGCAGGAGAGAGUGAGAGGGAGGUAAUGAAAGGACAAGAAAAGGAUGAAAUAGAUGCAGAAGUGAGUGAGAAAGGCACAGAAAAAUCAAAAAAGGAAUGGGUUACACAGAGCAACAACAUGCAGGAUAACAUCCGAUUAACGACACUAAAUAGACCAAGACCUAACACCCAGCCUUCAGUACAACAAAAUACACCAACCCAAGCAAGAACUUCAUCUCCCAAAGUCCUUACCUCAAACUCAACCAGAGGCAGAGCAAGAGAAGAAGUCACACAGAAAGAGGAUGAAGGGGUAAGGAAGCCAAAAGUGGAUCCAGAGGUCCACAGUUUCCCAAUAAUGGAACCAGUUCACCCAUGGCUUCAUCAGAACAAACAGGGAGGAGGGCAAACUACUUCCUCCAGGAUGACACACACAAACCGAGACAGAAAUACAGGAAGACAAGAUGAAGUGAACCCAAACCGGCAUUCCCAGGCUCCCAGAGUUCCCCCGACCUCCCGCUGGCCUUCACACCAUCAUCAUCACCAUCAUCUCCCAGUCUCCCCCUCCUGGCCACAUCACAGGACAUUUCCUCAUCCAAGGCAUGGUCCUGGGCCACACCCUGUGCCCACACACCGACCUUGGCCUUUCCCCCACCCCUGGGCUCAAAACCAGGUUGUAACCAACCGACCAGAGAUCACAGCUGAAACAGUGAAGCCCACACCUACAAUUUCUGGAGCAGCAGCGAACUCCAGAUUCAAACUCUCUAAUCCCCACCUGUCACAUCAUCCUCAAACUCAUCAUGUGGAUGGCAGGACCCAAACCAGAGAUCACCUCUUUCUAUCAAGGCUGAGGAACAGAUACAGACAGGCACAGCUCGAUCGCAUCGCUCAGCUAGGGAGGAUGGUGACACCCAAACCUCACACUAGCUACCACAAUCCCAACCCAUUUCCACAUAGACCCCACACCCCCAAACCACUAGCACCCACUGCUUCUUACACUUACACCCUCCAGCCGCCGAAGCCUGCUAAACCCUCGUCAUCAUCAUUCUCUGGUUUCAUCCCAACCCCUCGACCUUACCACCCCACCACCCCUGGGGUUCUGUAUGGCAGCAGAUGGCCUGUUGGAGCAGGACGAAUUAGCUCUCGGCGGCCCACAGCUGCACCUCCUUUCCCGUGGGUGUUUGGAGCCGAAAGCGGUGGUGUGAAACCCCGUAUCACUACGGAAACCAAAGCUAGUGUGUCGGUGCUGGCGGAGAGUGAUGUGUUCCUGCACUGCAAAGCAACAGGGACUCCUGAACCCAGCAUCGCCUGGACCAAAGUCUCCACAGGUGCCACCAUCCCAGCCAACACUAAGCAUGGUCUCCGUUUUGAAGUCUUAAAAAAUGGAACUUUUGUCAUUAAAAACAUUCAGCUUCAGGACAGAGGCCAGUACCUCUGCACGGCCCAGAACAGGUUUGGAUCAGAUCGCAUGGUCAUCACCUUAGCAGUCCAGACUGAGGCACCCAAGAUCCAGCCACCCACAUCCACAGAGAUAGCAGUCUACUUAGGCAAAAGUGUGACUCUUGACUGCUUCGCUUCAGGAAAACCAUCUGCCCAAAUUUCCUGGAUUCUUCCAGACAGGUCGUUUGUUCGUGAAGUCGGGACCGUUCACACUCUCCUUUCUCCAGUGUCUCUGCUUCAGAAUGGAACCCUGCAGAUUCACUCUCCCAAUUUCUCCAGCAAAGGGGACUACAAAUGUAUUGCAAGCAAUGCAGCUGGUGCUGAUACAAUUACUUAUCACCUCCAUGUGGCAGCUCUGCCUCCAAGCAUCAGUGAAGGAAUGGAUACUGUGACCAUUCAGCCAGGCAGGAGUGUGUAUAUCCACUGCUCUGUGAAGGGUGAACCAGUGCCCACUCUGAAGUGGACACUCCCGGCAGGCGUCCAUGUAAAGCCGUCACAGUUCCUUGGGCGCAGGCUGUUUGUCUUCCCCAACGGGACGCUGUAUGUGAAGAACGUUUCUCCAUCUGAUGCUGGGAGGUACGAGUGUUUAGCCACUAAUGCUGUGGGCAUUGCAAAAAGAACCGUCCUGCUGGAGGUGAGGGCAGAUUCCCCCUCCUUCCCACGCCAGCCUCCUGCUCCCCUCCCCAUCCCUCCAGCCCACCGCCAUGGUGUUCCAUCCCGCCAACACUCUGUCUCGGCUAUGUAUGGCUCUGCCGUCUACCUGCACUGUCCAGAGUCGACCGGAUCCACAAGAGGGACAAUCUGGCAGCUGCCCACCAAGACCAUCAUGGAACAUCGAUACAGUCCAGAGAGACCAAUUAAAGUCUUCCGUAAUGGGACUCUGAGGAUACUUCAGCUAACAGAGCUAGAUGGUGGAAAUUAUCUGUGUGUCUUUCAGCGGCCCAAUGGGGAGGACAUGGAGCUCUUCCAGGUAGAGGUGUUAAUGACCCCUCCCAGAAUCGAACAUGUGAGGACUCCACAGACCAGGGUCACCUUUGGAGAAAACUUCCAGGUCGAUUGUGUUGCAACAGGCCUCCCUGAUCCAGAAGUUUCCUGGAGUCUCCCCGAUGGAACAUUGAUCAACAACGCCCUUCAGUCGGAUGACAGUGGACUACGCAACCGCCGCUAUGUUAUUUUUGGCAAUGGAACGUUACUUCUCCAGCAAAUGGGCAAAAAAGAUGAGGGUGACUACACUUGUUAUGCCAAGAACAAACUGGGCAAGGAUGAAAGAAAAGUGAGCGUCAAAGUGGGACCGAAUGCUCCAAAAAUUAGAUUAAAAUCACAGUCACUGCUAACGGUAAAAUUAGGAGAAUCAGUUAAGUUGAGUUGCCAGGCCACAGGUGAACCUACACCAAAAAUCACGUGGAUCUCACCAAGAAAUGAUGUGAUAUCAAUAUCCUCAGACAAAUUUCAGAUCAUGGAUGACGGGGUGUUAUUGGUGAAAAAAGUCAGACUAGCUGAUGAAGGGAAAUAUGCGUGUGUGGCACGCAAUUCUGCUGGCGACGAUGUUAAAAACAUGAAUCUUGAGGCUGAACCACAGGAACCCUCUCUCAAUGGUAUGAAAGGAAAGAGCACCACAAAGGUCUUGGCAGUUUCCUACCAGACAGCACUCCUGGAUUGCAGAGUGGAAGGGAAACCCGAACCAAGAGUCUGGUGGGUUACGCCUUAUGGUCACUCCCUCCCAACACCCUACCUAGGCGGUCGCUUCCAAGUCCAUCGGAAUGGGAGCUUGGAGCUGAGAGGGGUGAGGAAAACAGAUGAAGGGAGGUACAUGUGUCUGGCUAAAAACAACCUGGGUGAAGCCUCACUUUUGGUUGAAUUAGACGUGGCAUCAUUAGCUGAGAAACCAAGUUUUGCCGUUCCCAAUAUUGAAAUCUUACCAAUAAAGCAAGAUGGCGGGGCAUUAAGCCUGGAGUGCCCCGCUCGUGGAAAACCCAACCCGGAGUUUGCAUGGAUUCUACCCAACGGAACAAUGUUAACACCUGGCGUCAGACUCCAACGCUUCACACAUCAUCUGGGUAAUGGAACUCUACAGAUAUCGCAACCAGUUGCAAGUGAUAAGGGAGUGUACCGGUGCCUUGCAAAAAAUGUAGCAGGACAAGCCGAGAAACGUUAUUCUCUGGAGGCGGGAAGAAAGCCAGUGAUCAGGGGAUCUACAGGUGGGAUGAAGAUCACUUACGGCCUCAAUCUCAACUUGCCCUGCAGUGUGGAUGGCUGGCCGCAGCCAUCAAUCACAUGGACCCUCCCUAAUGGUCUUGUUUUGGACAAACCUCAAACCAUUAGCCGGGUAUCUUUCCUUGCAAAUGGGACCCUCCACCUCAAGCAUGUUGCCACCUUUGACAAAGGAACAUACUCCUGUAAAGCCUCCAACUCUUUUGGCUCUUCAACACUAUCCUACCCAGUUGCAGUGAUGGUUUUCCCCCCACGCAUCACCAGUACGAUGUCCUCAAUUACAAGAGUCAACCGGGGAUCACCAGUGACGCUAAGUUGUGUAGCAGCUGGUAUUCCCAAGCCGGAUAUUUCAUGGACAUUGCCUGGACGCACAACGCUGGUUCCACAUAACCGGUUCACGGUGCAGGGAGGGAUUCACAUGACAGAGGACGGCAGUCUGGUCAUACAGAACCCCGUACUCAUGAACUCUGGCAUUUACAAAUGCAAUGCUAAAAAUGCACUCGGAACAGACUUUAAAUCUACUUACCUACAAGUGGUCUGA